GGCGGUCGCUUUCCACUUGUCUCCCCCGACAUUCGCCCUUUUGACGCUGUUAUCUGACGCCAAAUUACGAUAAUUCCCUUCGACAAGCUUGUUUAAAUUUACACAGCUGUCUCCUCAACGCAAUCGGCCGGUAGCCGUAGGCAGCCGUCGUAGACCACGACUGAGGACGUGGUCAAUUGAAAACCCAAUAGGCGGGAAACCAAAAUGUCGCAGGCGGGACAAAAUGUUAUGCGAAGGAAACUGGUUAUCAUUGGAGAUGGUGCCUGCGGAAAAACGAGUUUACUCAGCGUAUUUACUCUUGGAUAUUUCCCAACACAUUAUGUUCCGACAGUGUUUGAGAAUUACGUGACGGACUGUAGAGUGGACGGCAAGUCUGUCCAACUUGCAUUAUGGGAUACGGCUGGCCAAGAAGAUUACGAGCGUUUACGACCUCUUGCAUAUUCAAAGGCACAUGUCAUUCUUGUUGGAUUCUCCAUUGACACACCGGAUUCUCUUGACAAUGUCAAACACAAGUGGGUGGAAGAGGCCACGGAGCGAUGCCCAAAUGUCCCGAUUAUUUUGGUUGGCUUGAAGAAAGAUCUUCGCGAAGAUCCGCUCGCCGUUGAAGAGAUGCGUAAAAAGUCACUGAGCUUUGUUUCGAAUAAGGAUGCCCACGAUGUUGCACAUGAGAUCGGCGCCCGACGAUAUCUUGAGUGCUCCUCCUUGACUGGAGAAGGCGUGGACGAUGUUUUCGAAGCGGCCACUCGAGCAGCGCUAUUGACCUUUGAGAAGGGAGAGAGUACUGGAUGCUGCGUCAUCUUAUGAGCCGAGCUCAUCAAUACCUUUCGCAGCUUGGUCUCAAAAGCUUUACUUUGUAACCUUUUCUCCCGCCACAAUUGCCUUUG